GUGCUUCUUCAUGAGGAGUAUACCCAGGAGUUGCAACGACUGGGGAGUUCUUCCAAGUUGCACGGCGUUCCUCCUGUCCGCCCCUGUUCCUCCUCCAUCGCUGAACUGGCUUCUUGCCGGAUCCCUUCACCUGUGGACCGGGGCUUAGAGUUGACGGAGGACAUGGACGCUGUGGACUGCCUUCUGAAUGCCUCGCCCGAGGACCCCAAUGCCUCUGCGUCAGCACAUGGCGAACAGGGUGCGAGUGCCUUACUAGAACUGACGCCAGUGAUACCUCUUGGUGCGUCGAUCAACUGCAGCAAGUAUGAAGACAACAGUCCCACUUUAACCCCCUUGAAGAGGAUACCGCAGUCCUUGGAACUGGGGCGCUGUCCUGUUUCCUCUUCGACAGCAAAUAGACGACCGAGAAACUUAUUUACUCCUUCGGGUCUGGCCAUCGGACAGCAGGAGUUGCCUGGCCCACAUGAAAAGUUUCGCCUGCCAAACCACGACUGUCUUUCGCCGAUGGAGGGAGAACCACCCAUGACACUCGAACGGUACUCCGUCACGGUGAAGCCAAAAAAUACCAACUUCCGUUCCAGAUACUCUCUGCCUUCGUCGACUUCUCGGCGUACUGUGCCCAUCGAUCUCCUCACGGAAAUUCAGACGGCAGACAGCAGCUUCCCAAUGGCUGGAAUCUCGCCGGCCAGUGAAGCUACUUCCUACCAAGUUUCCGAGAUCGGUGCUGACAAUGUUGACAGAAGCCCCGACCAAGUCACAAUCACCACUAGUACCUCAACAAUCAAGCCCAACCACAGUAUUUCCAUAGACGACUUCGAUCGUCGAUUGAAAAUUCACAUGAUAAUGUUGUUCACUGUGAAGCGGAACGCCCGUAUUCUGCCCUGCAAUCAGGCCAGGUUGGCAUCGGUCACUCCUGUUUGGCUUCAAAUAGUCAUGACCGCAGCCCACGCGACAUGGUCACCUUUAAAUAAUAUCUUACCACCUAAGUACUACCUUCUCCACUUCCGUGUAUCCACCGCAGACAUGACCGAAUCCGACCUGAGUUGGGCCCGGCGGUCUGCCUCAGAACUGGAAGUUCGAGAUUACUACACCCUGACCUCACCCUCUGAGGGCGAGAUGGAUUCCUCGUCAUCGGAGAGCUACAACUUGGGCGACCCUUCUAAGCCCAAACUGAUGCCAUCCUGCUUCGAACCUGUUCAUCGUAAACACAACACUACCCUCAAGACUUGUCCAGACUCCUGCCGAACAUGA